AUGGACCCAGAGCAAGCAGCCCACUGGAGCCCUCGGAAGAAAAGACCCAGGCAGAGGAGUGCCUCAGUGGCCUCUGCUCCUCACGACAUCAGAUUUCAAGACUUGGUCCUCUUCAUUCUGGAGAAGAAGAUGGGAAGCACUCGCAGAGCCUUCCUCAUGGAGCUGGCCCGCAGGAAAGGGUUCAGGGUGGAAAAUGAGCUCAGUGAUUCUGUCACCCACAUUGUAGCAGAGAAUAACUCAGGCUCAGAUGUUAUGAAGUGGCUCCAGGGACAGAACAUCCAAGCCAGCUCUGAGCUAGAACUUCUCGAUGUCUCCUGGCUGAUAGAGUGCAUGGGAGCAGGGAAACCAGUGGAGAUGACAGGAAGGCAUCAGCUUGUUGUGAACAGAGACUAUUCGCCUACUCCUGUUUCAAGCCUCAACAAGAUUCCACCACUUGCUGUGCAAAAGAUCUCUCAGUACGCUUGUAAGAGAAGGACCACUUUAAACAACUGUAACCACAUAUUCACGGAUGCCUUUGACAUACUGGCUGAAAACUGCGAGUUUAGAGAGAAUGAAGCCUCUUGUGUAGAGUUUAUGAGAGCUGCCUCUGUCCUGAAAUCUCUGCCAUUCCCCAUCAUCAGUGUAAAAGACACAGAGGGAAUUCCCUGGCUGGGAGGCAAGGUGAAGUGUGUCAUAGAGGAAAUCAUUGAAGAUGGGGAAAGUUCUGAAGUUAAAGCUCUGUUAAAUGAUGAACGCUAUAAAUCAUUCAAACUCUUUACUUCCGUCUUUGGAGUGGGGUUGAAGACGGCUGAGAGAUGGUUCAGGAUGGGUUUCAGAACUCUCAGUACAGUGAAGCUGGACAAAAGCCUGACAUUUACCCGAAUGCAGAAAGCAGGGUUCCUCCACUAUGAAGACCUCGUGAGCUGUGUGACCAGAGCCGAAGCCGAGGCAGUCAGUGUGCUGGUUCAACAGGCCGUCGUGGCAUUUCUUCCGGAUGCCUUGGUCUCCAUGACGGGAGGGUUUCGCAGGGGUAAGAAGAUCGGGCAUGAUGUGGAUUUUUUAAUUACUAGCCCAGAAGCAACAGAGGAAGAAGAACAGCAGCUUCUGCAUAAAGUGACAAACUUCUGGGAACAGAAGGGAUUACUUUUAUACUGUGACCAUGUGGAGUCAACAUUUGAAAAGUGCAAGUUACCUAGCAGGAAGGUGGACGCUUUAGACCACUUUCAAAAGUGCUUUCUUAUUUUGAAAUUGUACCGUGAGAGAGUGGACAGUGUCCAGUCCAGCCAGCAGGAAGGGAAGGGCUGGAAGGCCAUCCGUGUGGACUUGGUCAUGUGCCCUUAUGAGUGCCGGGCCUUUGCUCUGCUGGGAUGGACUGGCUCCCGGCAGUUUGAGAGAGACCUGCGGCGCUACGCCACGCAUGAACGGAAGAUGAUAUUGGAUAACCAUGCUCUGUAUGACAAGACCAAGAGGGUGUUUCUCAAAGCAGAAAGUGAAGAAGAAAUCUUUGCCCAUCUGGGAUUGGAAUACAUUGAACCCCUGGAACGAAAUGCCUAA